AUGCGAUCUAUGAUUCCAAAGUAUGCCGAACAGUUUGAUUCCUACUCUGGCAUCGGCUUUGCUCAUGGAGACCUGAAUGCAUAUAAUAUUAUGAAAAGCCAUGACUUCCACUUAACUGGUGUUAUCAAUGCUUUGAUUCUAGACUACCUGACGGUGGAAGGCUAUCCCAAUGCUGCAGCAAAAUUUUCCAAAGAAGCGAAUCUGCAGCCUCAACAAGACGAAUCUUUCAUUCGUUCCCGGCAGGAAAUCCAAAACUGCAUUCAUGGCGGAAACAUCCAAUCUGCCAUUGAGAUGCUCAAUGAACUCGACCCCGAGAUUCUCGAUUCGGAGAAAUCCUUACAUUUCUCACUCCUGCGUCUGCAGCUUGUCGAGUUGAUCAGGGCCUGCUACGCCACGGGAGCUGACAUCAGCCCAGCGCUGCAGUUCGCCACAGAGCACCUAGGGCCCCGGGCUCCUACAAAUCCCAAGUUUCUCGAGGAGCUUGAGAAAACCAUGGCUCUUCUGUUGUUUCCGCCGGAGGCUCUCGAGCCACAACUAGCCGCACUGCUGAAUCCCGAGCUUCGCCGAGUUGUAGCUGACAGUGUCAACCGUGCGAUCCUGGAACGGCAAUCAAUGAAGCGCGAGGCGGCGAUUCGUCGGCUUGUUAAAAUGCGAGCGUGGGCAGAGUCUGCCGCUCGGAGUCGCGCCUGUCCUCUGCCUGAACGACUUGAACUUGGCCUGACUACUGAUGAUGCUCCCCAACGCCGAAUCAACCCUGAAAAUGGGCACGAACCUAUGGUGACGGUAUGA